UUUAGGACCCAGUGGCUCCUCCAGUGAGGCAGGCAGCGGCUCGGCUCUCAGACUGAAGCAGACAAAGGCGAGGGGAGAGACGGCGUGCCGCUAUCCUGCUGCAUCGACUCCCACAUCCACGCACGCUCCCCCCCCCACACACACUCCCUUCUCUUCGCAAGCAGCGACGCAGACUCUCCGGAGCUGGUCAUCACCACCACACAUCUGUCAAAACCAUCUCAACUUUCAGUCAUCAUGGAGCUAGACUUUGGACAUUUUGAUGAGCGAGACAAGGCAUCCCGUAACCCGCGGGGCGGGCGCCUGAAUGGACUUCCCAGCCCUACCCACAGCGCCCACUGCAGCUUCUACCGCACGCGCACUCUGCAGGCCCUCACCAAUGAGAAGAAAGCCAAAAAGGUGCGCUUCUACCGCAACGGAGACCGCUACUUCAAGGGCAUCGUGUACGCUGUGGCCAACGACCGAUUCCGCACCUUUGACUCAUUGCUGGCUGACCUCACACGCUCGCUCUCUGACCACAUCAACUUGCCACAAGGUGUCCGCUUCAUCUUCACUAUUGAUGGCACACGCAAGAUCGUCUCAAUGGAUGAGCUAGAGGAAGGGGAAAGCUAUGUUUGUGCAUCAGAGAACAUCUACAAGAAGGUUGACUACACAAAGAACGUCAACCCUAACUGGUCCGUGAAUGUAAAGGCCUCAGCGAGCCAGAAGAACAUGCAAGCCUUUGUUGCCAAAGCUGCCGGAGGAGAGAGCAAGGACUUUAUUCGACCCAAGCUAGUGACGGUGAUGCGCAGCGGUGUGAAGCCACGAAAGGCUGUGCGCGUCCUGCUCAAUAAGAAAACGGCACACUCCUUCGAGCAGGUGCUCACCGACAUCACAGAGGCCAUUAAACUCGAAAGCGGCGCGGUCAAGAGGAUCUACACACUUGACGGAAAGCAGGUUACCUGCCUUCAAGAUUUCUUUGGCGAUGACGAUGUCUUCAUUGCAUGUGGACCAGAGAAAUUCCGCUACGCCCAGGACGACUUCUCUCUGGAUGAGAACGAAUGCAGGGUGAUGAAGGGAGCCAAAGCUCAACGUGGUUCAGUUAAGAGUCCUGGUCCGAUCAGGCGCAUCAAGUCUCCUGCUGAAUCGACCAACGGGACGGGCUCCAGCAGCCAGCUCUCCACCCCAAUUUCCAAGCAUUCCCCAACCUCCACCCCCAACAGUCCAGGCCUCAACAACAAGCAGAAGGAUCUCUACUUGCCCUUAUCUCUGGAUGAUGAUGACUCUCUCGGUGAAUCAAUGUAGACGCUCCUCCUGCAGCCUGCCUCCUUUUUGGCCUGAAACACAGAAGUUUUUAUACAUCUGCUGCUUUCCACCUUCACUCACAGUGCCACCUGUUCUGUAGGAGAACCUUUCUUUUUCUCUUUUUAAGGCCUUAGCCAUCAGGGCUAUGACACCAUUUGCUGCUUGAGAAUAACACAAACCUUUUUGUUUUGCUUUUAAAUCGGUUUUGACCACGUUGUAACAAUCAGCUCACUAAUGUUCAGACGUAUGUUUCUAUGUGGAGGUUAACCACUAUUUCUCAAAAAGGGCACACAGUUCACGGACCAGCAGAUUUCACGGUGUAAAAAUGUCACUUCGGUCUCAAACCUUUUGUUGAAGGAUGUACUCUGGCUUUUAAUAUUUCGGUCACAGAAUUCCAAGCAGCAAAUGGAAUUUUUUAGGGGUGUUAGUCAGAACUAACUUUUUUAUCACUUGUAUUUGUGACGUUCCUCCAUGUCCUCCAUGUCCUACGGUUAAAGGUGUGAAAGGUAAUGGUCCCUUGUUAGAGGAAAUCUGCUACGCCAGACAGUCUUUUUAACCCGUUGUAAAUACUGUGUAUAGCUAUCCAUCAUAACAUCUCUGCCCAGUGUUCAUUGCUGUGCUUCUAUAACGUCACUACAUAUGUCCGUCUAACAUUUGCUCAACAUGAUACAGGGUAUGGUCAAAGUAAAAGAAGAGCCAACAAAAUGAAGUCCCACCGCAGAGGGUGAGGAUGUGUGGGAUGCAGCUCCCAACUGAAGAGGAUUAUCAGAAGCCAACGCCUCCUCAAUGAGAAUUCAUGUUCCCAAAUGAACAAGAGAUUAUAAAACCAUAAGAUGACACUUUUUACUAAACCACCAUAACAACGGAGGCCUCAGAAUCCUUAUGUUGGCAAUAAUUGGCAUUCAUCUUGUCUAAUCAAGGACGAGGAAAUAACUAUGAAAACGCAUCCCACAUAGCCCUCAGAAGUCUUUGUGUUGGGGUUUCCUUUAUUUAGACCCUCUACGUAGACAGUAGGCAAUAUAUACCCUCUGUGUUUUAGAUUUUCACAAACUGCAGUGCAUGUUAUUGCUGAAUGAUUAUGAAACUGGGCAUCAAAAAACCUGAUUUGAAGGACCUAAUGGUGCAUAAAAACAACCAAAGGAAAAAAAUAUUAGGCCCUUUUUAAAAAAGAAAAAAAAAAGAAGAGAAAAAAAAAGAAAAGCCAACACACAUUCAGUAUACAGUCUAAAUAAUUCCCUUUUAGGCCAGGUUGUCACUUGUGACAUUUUAUAGUACAAAGUGUGAAAUUCAAAGACCAAUAAAUAAAAGGUAUCAAAGCCAAAGUAGGAUGUUUGAAGUACGAUGAUGAUUUUUAGACCAAUAACUAUAAGGGAAAAUACGUAACUUUAUUAGUUGUAAAAUGCUUUUAAAUAUCCUGGAGGAAGCACACCUGAAGAUUUCUGCAUGUUACUUUUAACACAAAAAAUAACGUCCGAGGCAUUUGAGGCAAUUCAAGUUUUAUCAGGUUAAACUGUAGUGGAGUUUCUCCUUUUGCAUGGCUCAGCGUAGUUCUCAGAUACAGGGGAGAUGAAAACGUAACGGUUGUCUAAAUCUAUAUGUGGGUUUUAAAUUUUUAUAAAGUUUUAUUAAUUUAUAUCAAGGGUACUAGAAUUUCUUUGCAUUUGUUGACAUGAGCUCUUAACACUAGUACUUUUUUCAAGCCUCUGUGUGCAACUUUCUAUGGCCAUAUUUCUUUUUCUAUCGUCACAACUUGCAUUGUGUAUCUUACAAAUCUACUGGACAGAGUUUUCUCAGACCUUUGCAGGGAAUCAAGCCUGAGAAUCGCUAAAUUGGAUGACACUGAAGCACAAAGCAGGGAGCUACUUAUUUAUCUCAGCAACAGACACUUUACAGUUUGCUUGCCAGCAGUACAAUGCGUGACCACAAUUCAUUUCUCAAUAUAAUGAAAAAAUGAUGCUGCACAUAGUGUAGCAUCCUUUAAAUUAACAUCUAUGCAUUUGGAUUCAAGAAUAGUUCAAAAUAGUUUUCCUUUUCUCUAGGAAUGGCCUUUUUUAUAUCCAAUAGCAUUAUGAGAAAUGAACUAAAACAGAAAUUUCCAUGCAGUUAUUCCAUUGUGAUGAUGUGACAGUCUGAAAGUUGUAUGUCUAAGAGUAGGUGCCCGUCCUCUGGAUAAUCCUUGAAUAGCUGUGUACAUCUGCCACUUAGUGCUCCCUAAACUAUCCGGUGCUGUGAACUCCACCUUUCUCCUGCAGGGAGUGCUGUCACACCAGCACAAUAGCUAAGAAUAUCCGCUAAUCCAACAGCAGGGACACCUCACUUCACUUUAACCACCAUUUUGUACAAAAAUCCCAUUUGUAGUCAAAAUAUCAGUUCUGUAUAACCUCACAUGCUAAUAGUCUCGCUUCCUUGAUUUUUCUACAGCGUAUUGCAGCGCUACAGCAUUAUAAAGCAUUAACAGAAAAUGUUGGUUGUCUUGUGUUAACCUGCCGCCACCAUGUAAGAUGGGGGGUGUGAAUUCAUCUCCUACAGUGGUGCCUUUUUUUUUUUAAGAUUACUGUCUUUUGAUAAUAAUAAAAAAAUCCAAUGGGACAUCGAAAGUUUGAUCUUUGUUAACAGCUGUUUGUAAAACCUUUUUAAACAUCUUGAAUGAGGAGGCCUCCCAACACACUUUGUUUUGUAGAGCUACAGGACACUUUAUCAUGGUGUAAAUACGCUCCCCUCCUGUUCUCUUUCAUAUGUAUGCCUUUCUGAUUGAAUGAAUUUUUUUUUUUUUUUCUUGGAAAUGUACAAUGUCCUUUUUAGUGGUAUUUUGCAAUGUCACAGUGGCUUGUUUCAGUGCUUCAUUCAAUGUAUUAACCGGUAUCCUUUUGCAAUUAAAACAGUUGUAUUUCA